GGGCAUAGCUGUAGAGAGAGAUGCAGGAUGACUGCUCUCUCAGCCACCGGCUCGACUGCAACUGCGAGUUGACACGAUAUUUGGGGAGUGGCAGCAGCGUCUCACAGGGGACCUGAAGGAGGACAGUCUACUGUUCCUCUGGCUGCUUGCUCGCGACUCAGCCCCUUUGUGAUGGCAGUAUGCCAGUCAUGAACAGGUCAGGCUUGUUGGGCAAGGUAGGUUUGAGGAGGCUGUUGUCAUCAGAUGAAGUGUGGACUUUGGGAAGGAAGAGGAACCAAGUGGAAUUUGUCCCAGCAGAGCAGGAUAUUCUGCAAGUCGCAGAAUCAAAUAAUCCUCCAGCCAGUCCCUCUCACAGAUACAGCCGACAGAACCAGGCUUCUCUUCACCUUAUCAGUCCAGAAGGAAUCAGCAAGUCUGAAGGUGGAAGCACUUCAUGUCAGCGUGACCCUGUGAAGGCUUUGAUAUCAGGAUCUGAAGUUAAUGAACAAGAUCCUCAGAAGAAGGCACAACCGCUUUAUGAGGACACCAGCAAACUCCAGAGAGAAAGACCACAACAUCCAGUUGAAGUGCCAAUGAAGCCGGUGUUAAAUAUCCAGCAUUUCACACUCAAAUGUGAACCUCAUUCAGAUUCACUCAGAGCCCCAAUAGUGUCCAGUUUGUCAUCUGAAAAAAAGGAUGAUCUCGGACUGGACUCUAAGAAGAGCCAUCUUAAACCCAAGGAGCAAGAAGACAUAAAGACAAAAAACGUGGUCCAUGGCAGCACAACACCAGAUACCACAGCUCUAAAUGUACAGAACAAUCAGAGACUGACGCUGAACAACAACCACAAUAUCUGUGACCAAUAUGCCGGGGUGCAAUGGAAGUCAUCUCUUUCAUACCCCAAAACUGAUAAAACCAAUGAGUUUCCUGAACAAAAAUCUCAGGCGUGUACAAAUGAGACCAUCACAGACAAUCCACUUAUUGAAAACUUAAUUCUGGAAGCAGUAAGUGUGGAAAUCAGAAAGGCUGAGGAUAGUGCAUCUUGUGAUGUCAGUCUGUCUGAGAUAGAUGAGAAGUCAGAGGCAAUUUCAUUUCAUAGUGAAGCACUCGCUUGGUCUGAAGAAGAUGAGGAGAAGAUUGAAGCACCUCAAGCAAGUAGCUGCUCUUUAGUUUUUGCAGAAAAGUACACCGUGGUGGCAGAUGAUUUGGACAAUAAACAGGAAGGACACUGUAUACCGCCGUAUGAGGUUUUAUCUUACGGAAGUGCAGAACUCCCUCCAUCUGUUAAAGGUGGAGUGGCAUCAGGUCUUGACAGCUAUGGUUGUCCUACUCCUCCUCCUGCCUUUGAGAUUAUUACAUGGACCAGUGAGGAGGAACUUCCAGCUCCACCUGAUUCUGUAGAAGAUUUCUCAAUUAACAGCGAGAACUUCCCUCCUCUCCCUGUGGACUUCUCUCUGAAAAGAACAGAGUCUCAGAGUCUAGACUCUAACAGUCUGAGGGAAAAAGAUGUAAACGAUGAUACUAAUGGAGCUCUGUGUGAGGAUGCAGAGGAAAACGACUGUUCGGAGUACACUAGCUCACUUCCUGAAGAUGCAAGAAAUGAAAUCUCGGAUCCAUUGUCCUCCUUUCAAAUUGGAGACAGAGUUCUUGUGUGUAACUCCAGACCGGGUGUGCUGAAAUAUAAAGGGCUCACAGCGUUUGCGAAUGGGUUUUGGGCUGGUGUUGCUUUAGACGCCCCUAAUGGAAACCACAAUGGAACUUUUAGAGGUGUGAAGUAUUUCAGCUGUGACAAAAGCCACGGUGUCCUGGUGAGAGCCGAGGACAUUGCUCCCAUACACAGAGAACAUAGUAGUGAUGUAGAGACUGGAGUGGAUGAAGAUCCUUUUUCAGAUGAGGAGCAGCCUAGGGCAAAGAGAGAUAAACAACAGAAGGAUGGAUUGCGACAGAUGGACAAAGACAUAAACUUAGUCAGUGUCCUCCAAGAGAUUUGA